AACAUCGCUCAUUAUCACCCAGGUCCAUCGAUAUCAUUGGACUCCGAAGUCGCUCGCUUCAAUACCACGUCGCCGCCGUAGAGAUUGGGGCUAUUGAUUUACGCGUCACACACGGCAAUAAUCACAUACGGCAACAAUCCAAAGACUUGAAAGAAGGCAUCAAUCUCUAAGCUCAUCAGAAAGGAGACAAUAGACCGCAACAAUGAAGUCGGCAAACCCAGACGUCCAGCACUUCCUGUCCAUCCCCUGGUGCGCGGCGCACCUCAAUGAACCAGACACGGUCCGCGACACGGCGCCCUCACGGUUUCCCAAACAAAAUACAGAGGACCAGCUGUUUUCGACGACGCUGAACACGGCGGAUACGAUUGCCGCGUACCUGACGUUUUACAAGCGGCCGUCUUCGUCGUCAUCAGUUCCCACAUCUUCACCCACCGUAAACAUACCAAAGGACGACGACGCCGGCCCCACCAUCAUCCGUCAACUCAAAGCCCUCCUCACGCUGCGCAGCGGGGUGAACGGGUACCCGGACGUCUCGCACGGGGGCAUCGUCGCCACGAUUCUGGAUGAGACGAUUGGGCUCGUGUUUCCAGUUAACAAGAGUAACGGGUUAAUCCCCGACGCGGCGUACAUGACGGCGUAUCUCAACGUUACCUACGUGAAGCCCGUGAGGACGCCGCAGACGGUGUUGUGUGUCGUUGAGGUUACGAGGGUUGUUGGAAGGAAGUGGUGGAUCGAUGCGAGGAUUGAGGAUGAGGGGGGCGUGGUGCUGGCGAGGGCGGAGAGUUUGUAUGUGAGGUUGGUUGAGAAGCUUUGAGGGGAUGGGUAUGGAUGAGAGUGUUGGUGUAUGAAGUUUGAUAUGAGGGGGACUUGCUUGCUUUUGGCCAGGUUGUUGUGAUUGGGAUGAAUGGGGGCGUGUGUGCUGUCAUGAUAGAGGUGGACGUUGACUACACAACCGCGAGUUUAUAGAAACUUUGCUUCGACAGCGCAGCAUCGCAGUAGAGCUCGCGAGAUUAGAAGCAUACAAACAAACCUUUACACAAUUAAGGAUCAUCCUUUUUUGUGGAAAAGUUAGAUCACGUACCGUGGCUGGCAUGAAGGGGAAGGCACGUCGCUCGGUUCUUCGAUUUUUGGCUACCUACCCAAGACACAAUUUCGUCAGACAAAUGAUCAGAGCAGUGUAGUCACACAAGUGGCUCCAAGUAUCUGCAUACCGAUCUGGCCGCCGAACGGUAUGUGGAUGGAG